AUGAAAAAGUACUCUACAAUGGAUCUGAAAGUAUCAGCGGAGGAAGGAAUCGGGAACCAAGCACAUGUUAACGAGGUAUCUGAGACUCCCGAGAGUCAACUAGAUGGGGGCCAAGUGACUUUGACGCAAGAGUUCAGGAACCCAGCGUCUGCAGCGACAAAAUUCAAAAAGGCAAAAAAAAAGAAACCAACGAAAAACUCAGCUACAGAACUAGGCGAAGCAUUAAAUGCGGUUGAAUCCAAUCAAAUAAAAGAAGCACCAGCAGAACAAGGUGGAGCGUCGGUUACACAUGUAUAUAAUUUACGAGGUUCGUAUUAA